AUGCCCCGCAACAACGCCCCCCUCCAGCCGCUCCCCCUCCAGCACCUCCUCCAGACAUACACCACCUCCCACCCGCUCCGCUCCCCCUCCCCCCUGCCCCCGUCAUCCCGCAUAGACCCCAAGCUCGAACAACGUCUGCCCCCACCAGCUUCCUCCAGCCCGCUCCUGUGGUCCCUCGCAGAAUGGUGGCUCUUUAUAAGAUUUGUCUUCACCAAGGGCAUACAUGUGCUUGUGGCGCUCGUGUCGCAUUUCUUGUUUGGUCCCAAGCGCACUAGUUGGGGGUAUAGGAUGACGCUUAUAACGUCGUUCAUGCGCAACAUUGCGGACCAUUCGAGCUUGGCUGAUAUCGUCCUCAUAAGGAGGUUCAUCUCUUUGCACUUUCUCAUGCCGCUGCCUGGAGACGCGGUGGUCACCCCCAUAACGUUCGUCGUCCCGAAACGGACCGAAGCGCAGGCAGCGAGGGGUUUCUUGAGGCAGUGUGAUCUUUUGGAACGCGGGGAUAGGGAGCUGGCGGGAGAGUGGGUGGUGGGGACGGAAGUGUGGAAACGGCUGAAAGCAGAGAAACGGGCAAGGCAGCGGCACAGGCAGGGGAAAGGGAAGGGGAGGAGCGCGUCCCCGAGGGCUGGGAAACCAGAGCUGAAAGCGACGGAACUCGACAAUGAAGCAGGGGCAGGGGAGAGAGUGAUUUACUACAUUCAUGGGGGAGCGUACUAUGUGGGAAAUGCUGCAACUCACCGGCUGAUCACUAUUGGCGUCAGCAAGUCGUGCAACGCCCGAGUCUUUGCUAUCACAUACCGCCUCGCCCCCGAACACGCUUUCCCCCUCCCACUACACGACGUCCUACAUGGUUACCUGCGCCUCCUCUCCGCGCCGCUAUCGAUCCCCCCAGAAAACAUCAUCAUCGCAGGCGACUCUGCCGGCGGUGGGCUCGGUCUGGCGCUGUGCAUGUAUCUCCGAGAUGAGGGGUACAAGCUCCCUGCGGGGUUGAUCUUGAUGAGCCCGUGGGUGGAUUUGACGAUGAGCUGUGGGAGUUGGGAUGAGAAUGCUAGUUCUGAUGUCGUCCCACGACCCGAAACUGGUGACCACUUGAACCCUGUAGGGUGCUAUCUCGGACCCAAAGGCAUCUCCACCUACCUCACCCACCCAUACGCCUCUCCCCUAUUCGGCGACUUUCACGGCCUGCCUCCCAUGCUCAUCCAAUCGGGCGACUCUGAAGUAUUGCGCGACGAAAUCAUCCUCGUCGCGCACAAAGCCACCCUCGCCGGCGUCUCGGUCACACACGAACUGUACGAAGACAUGGUCCACGUAUUCCAAAUGUUUUCAUUCCUCCCUGCUACGGAGAAGGCCAUUUACAAUGUCGGCAAGUGGGUGCGCACCGUCUUGCCUGGUAUCGAGCGGGAGAAGCGCGAGGCCGAAGGCAGGAUGGGCGAGAGCGGUGUUGGGGGGCUGCAUUUGGAUGUGAUUGAGAGUGUGGAAGAAGAGAUUGCAGAGGAAGGUGCGCAUGUCAUUAUGAACAAUGGGGAGGAGAUUGGCGUCAACAAGCCCGAAGACCCGAGUGAGAGGGCAAAGAGGACGCCUAAAAAGUCGACGCUGCGUUACGAGACGCAAGAGGCGGUGGAUGACGAGCCAACAGUCGAUACCGAUUCGCUCGCUACAUCCGAUUCGGGGUCGCCAACGCCUACCAAGAAUCACAAGGGCAGUGGAUACCCCUUCCCCCGCGUUCCUGCGACUCCUACGCGUCAAGAUCCUAUCGUGCCCCAAGCCCACACUCUCCCCCGCUUGCGCAGGACUCAGACAUCCGUCCCAGCAUUCACCCUCUCCCCUCCUCCAGUCCCAUCCAAUCUCUCCCGCCGACAUCGUCCCACAGCAUCCGCAUCUUCAUCCGCAUACUACCCCUCCCCUUCAUCCUCCCGUAACACUAGUCAGCCGACAUCCCCAUCUUUGGGCAGGAAACGACUCAGGUCUGGCACGUUGUCGUACCAGCCCCAGCCCUCUACGAGGACGAGAAGCAAGAGUCAUUCGGAUGUGUUUAGUUUGGUGGAGGGGUAUGUGGAGGGAGGGGCGGCAAAUGAGACGACGGUGUAUGCGCCGGGAGGGGAGAUUCGGAGUGUGGGGGUGCUGGGGGAGGAUGAGGAUGAGUAG